UUGUCAUCGACAAAAGUAGGCCCUGAACAGAAGGUAUACCGAAUGACCUUAUAUCACAUGAAUUUGAAAGUCUCAUAAUGGCUUGGAAGUAAUAUCCAUGUGGGUAGGUCUUGACCUGAUGUCUCUCUACCAUUGAAUCUCAUCUUCUUGUCUUGUCUAGAUCUUUGAGUAACCCAAGUCUUUCUUCUAUAUAAACGUCAUCAUGUAUAUGGAUUCACAACCAACAAGAGUCUUUCCAUAUUCCGAUUUUCCUAAGAAAUUUCAAGUUUGGCAUUCCUUUCACGGUCUCAUAUUUAUCUUGGAGCAUAUUGCAACAUGGGUUUCCGUUUGCCUAGAAUUGUUCAUGCUAAGAAAAGUCUUCAACGAUCUUCAUCAUCAGGAAAUGGAGCAUCAUCAAAGGCUGUCGAUGUUCCAAAGGGCUACUUUACGGUUUAUGUUGGUGAAGCACAAAAGAAGCGUUUUGUCAUUCCACUAUCUUACUUGAACCAGCCUUCUUUUCAAGAUUUGUUGAGUCAAGCAGAAGAAGAAUUUGGAUAUAAUCAUCCAAUGGGUGGCAUCACAGUUCCUUGCAGUGAAGAUGAUUUCCUUGAUCUCACUCGGAGUUUGAACGACUCAUGAACGAGAGAGAUUAGAAUCUAGAAUUAGGUUGUAUAGAAAAUGAAUUAGAAUCUAGAAACAAUGUAAACUUUUUUGGAAUGAGGGAACUUGAUUCUUUUGAUUAUUGAAACUGUAUGAUAUCAGUGAAUGAAAGUUCAUUCUUCCUUUCCUCUUGCCCUUCACACAUCUUGUAUAUGCAGUAGUUCUAAAAUGAAGAAGUAAUUUCCUGACUUUUCUUCC